UCCGCUGGUACUAUGUGCUACGGCCACACUGCUGCUGUGCUGACGGGGAGCUCCAGGAAGAUUGACAGUGCGCCGCGUCCGUGCCGGGAGUGACGCGUCGGUGAGGUGUCGCCGCAAGGCUGCACCGUCCUCGGCUUGUAUGAUUCUCUUUAAGAAAUUCUUGUUCAUGAAUAUCGGUGCCCCAUGCAGACAGUCGGGCCUGUACGCCUUCUGGGCCGCCAUGGGAUCCCCCGAAGAGGAGCGACGUUGCGUCAAGCUCACCAGAUUUAAGAAAAUGUCGUCCACGCCCGAGCUGGACAAGUAUGACGACGAGGGGGAGGACGGCAGCGAGGCGGAGGAGGCGGGAGUUGCGUCAGAGGAGGAGGAGGAGGAGAUGCCUCCUGAGGUGCCCGCUGACGAAGGUGAUACAGUGCCCAAGGUGACCGUGGCCACGCCGCCCAAACCCACAUACGUGGCCACGCCGCCCAAACCUACAUACGCUGAUAAAGUGAAGGGCGUGCGUAGUGUGGCGGCAGGGACGACCUGCGCAGUGCUGGCGAGAACUGUGGAGAACAGCAAGGCGGCGGGCAGGCGUGGGAGUGAACAGAGUGAGGCGCCCGCCCGCCAGGCCCCGGCGCAGGCCGCGAGUGAGGCCGACGAGACUGAGGAAUCCCCGCCGGAGUUCCUGAGCUGCGGGGAUCAGGACUCCCUCCACCUCAGUGAUGUGGAGGACACUCAUAACUCAUUCACCUCCACCCCUACCUCCUCCACCUCUUCCACCUCAUCCUCACCGGCGCCUCUGGAUAUUUCGGACGUGCUUCGUAUCAGCGAGGACGUGCUGGCCCAGAGCCCCGGCAAGACCCUCAGACUCCUCCAGCGGCACCUGGAGAAGGGCGGCUCGCUGCUGCAGGAGGCGUCAUCGGCGGCAGACACGGAGGCCAGCGUGAGGGAGUUGGCCGCGGCGCUCCACCUCCACCUGACGCAGUUCACGGAGCGCCUCCACCACACUCGUGACCGCCUGGAGGACACCGCAAGAUGCUACCACCUGCUGGACAAGGCGUACGAGUGGGCCCUAGCAGCCAUGAAGGUGGUGGGCCGCGUGAAGGGCGAGGGAUUGGCAUCACCCGAACAGGUGGGCGCUGCCGCCCGCGCCCUUACCGCCCACCUUGAGGAGCACCCACCCAUCCCCGAGGACACCUUCACCACCAUGACCACCCUGGCCUCCAGACUCAACAACCAUACGCUGCUGCAGCAAUGCAAGAUGGCCCAAAUACGAUGUCAGGAGACCUGUGACCUUCUGCGCAGACGUCAGGCGGCACUCCAGAAAGCAAAGCGGCAAAUGGAGUUUGACUGUCAGAGUUUCGUGGAUCUAGGAGAGGUGUUCGGCGGGGGCGAGGACGUGUCCCCGCUGGCUUGGCUCCCCUGCUCCCAGCUGAAUUCGUCAGGACGGCGGAGGUCUGUGUCCUCAAUAGGAUCACGGACACGAGAGCCGCUGUCCCGCUGCCCUUCAGUUGAUACCGAUGAUGAUUCAGUAUUUCUGGACCCCCCACCGUCUUCCACACCAUCCAAGGCACCUCUGGAACCACGCACCAGUCUGGGCGACAUCAAGGAGGUGCGAGAGAGUGCCGAGGAUCUCCAACAGUCCUCAGCUCCCCCCAGACAACUGAGCUGCCCUGCGCCCUCCACUUCCCUGUCAGGGUCGAGCGGCACCAGCGGCAGCAGUUCAUGUUCGUCCAGCGACAGCUCGGGCCCCGUCACCACCACUACUAAGUUCAUGAAGCGAGCCAACACAUGGCAGUACGGCCUCAUGUCCAAAACAACCCAGGAGAAUAAUGGGCUGGAGGAAGGAGGUGUGCCCUUGUCUCCGGUCAACGGCAAAAACUUCCCACCAUCAGCUGUCAACUCACACCUACUGAUUCGUGGGUCCCAACUCAACCUGUCCAUCAACACUGAUGACCUUUCACAGGAGGAGGUCAAGAAGAGCAAGACGUUGUUGCUUAUCAUGCGUGAGCUCAUCCAGACUGAGCGAGAUUACGUCAAUUCCCUUGAGUACAUCAUUGAGAACUACAUUCCUGAACUGAUGCGGGAAGACAUUCCACAAGCACUGAGGGGCCAGCGUAAUGUUGUCUUUGGGAACAUUGAGAAGAUUUAUGAAUUCCAUUCUGGGUACUUUCUGCGUGCCCUUGAAGCUUACGAGAUGAGACCUUUUGCUAUUGGCUCCAUAUUUCUGAGAUAUGAGAACCAGUUUCAUCUCUAUGCUCUUUACAACAAAAACAAGCCAAAGUCUGACGCACUAAUGUCCGAGUAUGGGUCUGCUUUCUUCCGUAAGAUGCAACUUGAGCUAGAGGACAAGAUGGACUUGGCCUCCUACCUUCUGAAACCAGUGCAGCGGAUGGGAAAGUAUGCACUCAUCCUUAAGCAGCUUUUGAAGGAAUGCAGCCGGGGAGAAGAGAACUAUGACGACCUGCAAGGAGCCCAAGAAAUGGUGCAGUUCCAGCUGAGGCAUGGCAAUGACCUGCUGGCAAUGGAUUCCUUGAGGGAUUGUGAUGUGAACCUCAAGGAACAAGGAAGGUUGUUGCGUCAGGGAGAAUUCGUUGUGUGGGAAGGAAGCAGAGCCAGAAAGACUGUCAGACAUGUGUUCCUCUUUGAAGACAUGAUACUCUUCAGUAAAUCAAGACGUGACCCAGAGAAAAAGACACUGGACAUUUUCCAAUACAAGCACAGCAUGAAAAUGACUGACAUUGGCCUGACAGAGCAAGUUGGAGAGAGCCCCACCAAGUUUGAAAUCUGGUUCAGGAAGAGAAAGCCAUCAGAUACAUACCUGCUGCAGGCACCCAGUACAGAGGUGAAGGAGGCCUGGACGGAAGAAAUCUCCAAGCUGUUGUGGCGUCAGGCCCUGCGCAACAGGACCAUGAGGCUGCACGAGAUGUCCUCCAUGGGAAUAGGGAACAAGCCAUGUUUGGACAUCAGACCCAGUGAAGACCAGAUCAGUGACAGAUCUAUUAGCAUAAAUCAACUUCAAAAAGCACCUCGACUGCGUGCUGGCUCAAUUUGCACAAUGGGAGACGUCAGUGGUGGAAUUGGAAAGAGGCCUCACUCUGUAAUAUCAGUCAGUUCUUCAUCAGCUUCCUCAUCAUCUUCAGCAUCCUCCUCCCAUUCCUCCACUGUUUGCCCAACUUACGUGGGAGCCCUCAACCUUGGAUUUGAGCCAGGAGACUCACCUCGCGCCCUCCACCGUUCUGUGACUCGCACCAGCCAAUGCUCAGCAGAGAGCGGCAUCCUAGCAGACAUGUACCCAGGAGGUGAUGAGGACGCCCAGUCACACCGGCGGGUGGAGCGUUCCAACUCCACCAUUACUACUGUCUCUGUUGAUUCUGCCCUGUCACCCGUCUCUUCCACCUCCCCCACCUCCCCUACCUCUCCUGUUGCCCCACCCUUGCCCUCCCUCACCUCCACCCCUCUCAGCACAGAGCCUAUACCCGAAGUACCCUGUGCGCCGCCCCUUGCGAAGGACACAGCAGCUAAAACACUCCUCACUACUGAGGUCUAGUGCAAGACUCCGCCUUAUGCCUGACUGAGGGCACCAUGGUCCAAGUCGUUAGAUUUAAAAAUGUAUUUAUUGAUAGUUGACAUGUACAAAGACUAUAUUUGUUAUAUCAAUUGACUCCACAUGUAAAUAGCUUGACAAUAUAAGAAAUAUUAUAAUAGUCACCUUCCUGUCCUAGCCAGACACAGCUGCUUGUUUGCUUUGUUAAAGUAGAAUAGUGAUGCCAAAUAACCUCUUCCUCUCAUAUUAGUUUAUUUUGAUGUUACAAGCCAGUCAUAUUAGAUUUACUUUAACUACUGCAAGCCAGUCAUGCAGAAGUAUCUGUAUUUAUAAUUUGGAAUAAGUUUUCCGUAACUAAAUGAGACUGAGAUGGGAGGAAAACUCUGAACUGUAUUAAGCCAAGUUUCGAAGGAUGCUGGCCCUUAGCAGCAUGGGGAGCCAGCAGGGGAACAGUGUGAAGCAUAUUAUUGUGACAAAACUCUUUCCCACAAGUCAUAUGUACCUGCUUGUAAUGCUCUUCACUUUCUGUUCUUUCCUGCUCGUUCUGUUAGCUGGACGUACAGUCACUCAGGUAGCACCAUUUAGUUUGACGUAGUUGAUCGUUUUGGAACAUACCCUAAGGAAAAGCCAACAGUAGUAUAUUGAGACAUCACAAUUCAUCAUGUGAAUUGCUGCUGUCGGACUGUAGUGAGCAAUGGUGCUACUCUGCCUGCUGCUAGGGACUUCAAAACCUCUGCUGAGCAACUCUGCAUAUUUGCUUGAAAAUAGUUGCAAAGAGCAAUCCUAUAUCCUGUAUAUAGUACCUCUUGAACAGUGCUGUUGAGUUCAAGUAUUUUCAACAUCCUUUUGAAAAUUAUCAUAUUUAAAGUUAACUAUAUAUGGCAUUUCAGAACUUUCUUCUAUUGUUUUCAGUAAUACAUAUUAUUUGUAACAAAAGAAACUUCUAUUUACUAUUAUCAGUAAUGUAAAAAUCUUUUGUAUCAAUACAUAACUUCUGUCACUUGCUACUUCCAGUAGUAAAAGAUGAUUUACAACAAUAAGAUAUUUCUUGAGUUACUCUUAUUAGUGAUAUACUAUCACUGUAAUCUAGUUCAGUUUGAUGAAGAUAAUUACUUUUGAGAGCAAUACAAUGAAUUCUGGUGGUGAUGGUGGUGGUGGUGAUAUUGGCAGCGGCACACUGGGGACCAGAGUACAGUGCCGGGUGCCAGGUGCCACCCACCACCACGGCCACCACAGAUAUAAUAACAGUGUAAAUAAUAUUUUUGUAAUACCAUAUAUGUUGUGAUGUUUAUGCCUGAAAGUUGCAUGUAAUAUUGUGUUCAUCCUUGCAACUUUACAUCCAAUACAAUCACACUUUCUGUGCCACAAAGUCAGUUGGUAAAUUUUUCAGACUGUUCUGUCUUUUGAUUAAAAUAAUUCUAACUGACAUAUUUAAUACGUAUAAAUUUAAUUUCCUACUCUGUACAUACAUACCCUCUUGUCACAUGUACUGGUUAUAUCUUGUAAUAUGCUGUCAACAAUAAAUAAUUUUCUCUA